CAAGAGUGGCAGCGGCAGAUAAGCUGGCGGGUUUAUAUAUAUACGCUAUGGUAGACGCAGAGCAGGAACUACACGUGAAGUAGACACAGGCACCGACCAUCAUUCUCACACGGCAUACCGUAUAUGUGUGUCAAAGUUGAAAUUAAAGUGAACUCUUGUCACCACGGCCCAUCAACUAUUAUCACAACGAACGGAAGAUGCCAGAGCAACUACAGAACGGGGACUACGUGGCAGUGGCCGGGUACUUCGUGCUGGUGAUGGGCAUAGGAAUAUGGGCCAGUCUACGACGCAGUAACAACAGUGCUCAAGGCUACUUUCUUGCUGGGAAACACAUGACCUGGUUUCCGAUAGGGGCCUCUUUGUUCGCAAGCAAUGUUGGAGCUCCGAUGUUCAUUGGCUUAGCUGGUGCCGGGGCUGCAUCCGGGUACUCGGUUGUGGUCUACGAGUGGGUAGCAUCAUUCCUGCUAAUUAGUCUUGGAUGGUUUUUCGUUCCUGUUUUUGUCGCCAGUGGGGCCUUCACGAUGCCAGAGUAUCUGAUGAAACGAUUCGGGGGAGCUCGUCUGAGAAUCUGUCUCUCCAUCUUGGGGUUGUUCCUGUAUGUCUUGACGAAGAUAUCGAUUGAAAUCUACUGCGGGGCUCUAUUCAUGCAGCUACUUCUGGGCUGGAAUCUCUACAUGUGUAUCAUCAGCAUACUGGUCGUGACAGCCCUAUAUACAGUCAUAGGCGGCCUAGUCGCAGUGAUGUACACCGACACCAUACAAACACUCGUAAUCCUGAUAGGUGCUUCUGUUCUAACUGUCAAAGGCUUCCUACAAGUCAACGGCUUCGAGGGUUUAGAAGAAGGUUUUCUGACUGCUGUCUCCAACGUCACUAAGACUAACUUCACGCACAACACCUGUGGUCUUCCCCCUAAGGAUUCUUUGCACAUCUGGAGGGAUCCUGUUGAUGGGGACAUUCCAUGGCCAGGGGCAGUCUUUGGCCUGACUAUCAUAGCGGCAUGGGUGUGGUGCACUGAUCAGUUGAUGGUCCAGCGGACUCUCUCGGCUAAGAACAUCAGUCAUGCUAAGGGUGGAUCUCUGUUUGCCGGGGCAUUGAAGAUAUUACCCUUCUUCCUGUGGAUUAUUCCUGGGAUGAUCAGCCGGAUCCUCUACCCAGACGAGAUAGCAUGUUCUACGCCUGAGCGAUGCUAUGAAGUGUGUCAGAAUAAAGCUGGGUGUACGAAUAUCGCCUACCCGAUCUUGGUGUUGAGGCUUUUACCGGAAGGUCUUCGAGGUCUGAUGUUAGCUGCUCUGCUGGCUGCCCUCAUGAGCUCCCUGACCUCCAUCUUCAACAGUGCCAGUAGCAUGUUCACCAUGGACAUCUGGCCUCGGAUCAGAAGGAAGCCAUCGGAAAACGAACUCAUGAUAGUCGGACGAGUAGCAGUACUCGUCUGUACAGCAAUAGGCAUUCUGUGGUUACCUAUCUUGCAGCAAGCCCAAGGAGGGCAACUGUGGGGGUACCUGCAGUCAGUAACGGCCUACACUGCUCCUCCUUGGCAGACAUUGUUCAUGUUUGCUCUACUAUGGAAACGGACUACUGAACAGGGCGCCUUCUGGGGUCUGAUCGCUGGGCUGGUUGUCGGGAUAAUCCGUAUGGCGGUGGACUUCACGUACCCAGCCCCGUACUGUGGCAGCGGAGAGGAAGACACUCGACCUGGAGUGUUGAAACAUGUACAUUUCCUCUACUUCGCCAUGAUCUCCGCUGUGGUCACCUCUGUAGUCAUCGUUCUGGUCAGUCUGUGCACGGAGCCCAGAUCAGAAGCUCAGAUUGGGCGCACCACGUGGUGGACGCGUAAUAAUGUUGAUCCUGACUCGGAGCUAGAAAAGGGUGAUGUUGACGAAGACAAUGACGAAGAUGCUGACGACCCCGACUUUGAGAAGGCCGAGGAAGGAAAGGACAAUGCUGACGAAAGGAUGACAGCAGCCAUGGAGGAGGAAGACUCUCAGUUGGAGCGCCGAAAUGGUAAAACCAUUUGUAAAACCAUCGCUAUGUGGUUGUGCGGAAUGACCCAGAGGAGGAACCGGAUCCUGUCGCCCAGUGAACGAGCCGCCAUACAGAAGAGAUUUACAAGUUUGGAAGAAAAUGAGACAACAAAAAUGGUGUUGAAUUUUAGCGCCAUAGUACUUUCGAUGCUAACUGUCUUUCUAUUUGGUUAUUACAGUUAAAUAAGAAUUAAAUGUGAAUCUUUAAAUCAGACGUAACACCCUCAACCCGAGUGUUAUUUAUCACCUGCAUUGUUUCUUUGACGUUUUGUCGCAAGCAAUAAUACGACUAUCACAGGUAUUAGAGACUUCCUAACCAAUCUGUUAGGGCGACAUUGGAGUUGUCAGUGUCAAUGUCAGUUGGUCUGAACAAGUCUUGGAAAAAAUUGAAUGUGAGAAAAUAUCUUGAGGAAAGUUUAGAUUUUAGUAAAUAUUUAAAUGAUACGGUAACUGCAAAACAACUCUGGUUUUGGUAGACAUUUCCUGUGAGUCAGGAUCAGUUUUGUUACUUUUAUAUAUGAUUGGAAUGUGAUGACACUUGACCCGGGGUUGACUGCUGUGUAAAGUCUAGCUUACCGAAGGGCAAAUUAUUGAACGGUGCUAAAUAUUUAUGAAAUUUAAUCCAGGGUGGCGUAUGAUUAUGAGAAGAUAUUCAAGAUCACUGUCAUUUAUUUUAGAACAGAGGCGGUGGGGUAGCCCAGUGGUUAAAGCGUUCGCUCGUCACUCCGAAGGACCGGGUUCGAUUCCCCACAUGGGUACAUUGUGUGAAGCCCAUUUCUGAUGUCCCCCGCCGUGAUAUUGCUGGAAUAUUGCUAAAAGCGGCGUUAAACCCAACUCACUCACUCACUAUUUUAGAACAUGGGAUAUUAGAUGUAAAUUUAUG